CAGCUCACUAGUUCCCUCCUACCGACACAAACAGAGAAAAAUGUCCUCCGAAAAGGUUGCCAGUCCCACCGAGGAACAGCGAGAGAUCCUGGAGUUCAAUUUCAACCGGGUCAACAAGCACCCCGACCCCACCACUCUUUGCCUUAUCGCUGCUGAGGCCGGGCUGUCUGAGGAAGAGACCCUGAAAUGGUUUAAGAAGCGCCUGGCGGAAUGGAGGCGGUCAGAAGGGCUCCCUUCGGAGUGUGGGUCUGUCAGGGACUGACUAGAAUUAUCCCACGGAAGCCAACCCUGGGAGAACGGAUGGCUGUCUGAAUUCAGUGACGACUUCCGCUGUGAGAAGAGUGGCUAUCAAAGCUAACGUGUUCUGUUAUUUAACCUGCUGCCUUAUUUAAAAUGUACAUAACCUAAUUCUUUUUCUUUGGGGGGGGGGAAGGGGGAAAUCAUAAUAUAAAACGUUAUGUAUUGGCCACGGAUGUGCAGGAUUUAGAAAGGAGACACCACCGACCUCAUUGGCUGCUGUGUCCCUUUUUAGAACGGCAUGGAGUGGUUGUGAUUAAUAGUUGCUUCAACUGCUGGCAAGACUCCUAGGAGGCUGAAAGAAAAUAUCUUUAUCUGCCAUCCCGGAUGGCUACGAGAGCUCGCCAGAGCAACAUCCAGAAGACCAGCCUAAUUCAUAAGCUUGGUUCAAAGUUCUCUGCCAGCUGUUUGUGUGCUGGGAGGCGUUAGCAUACACAAGAAGGCUGGAUGUCCAUGUUCAAUUCCUAGGGUCUGUGGCUGUUCAAAAUCCACACUAUGCUAAUUUGGGUCGCCAGCCCUGGGGUUGGGAAGUUCCUGCAGAUUUGGGGGCAGAGCCUACAGAGGGUGGGGUUUGCGGAGGGGAG